AUGGAGGAACCACGUCGAAUCCAGAAGCUAGAUGUAUCAGUAGUCAAUAAGAUCGCUGCAGGAGAAAUCAUCAUCCAGCCAGCUAAUGCUCUCAAGGAAAUGCUUGAGAACUCAAUCGAUGCUCAGUCCACCCACAUAGAAAUCCUAGUCAAGGAAGGCGGACUCAAACUUCUACAAAUCACAGACAACGGAACAGGAAUCAACCUCGAAGAUCUCCCGUUGCUAUGUGAACGAUUCGCCACUUCUAAGCUAGUCAAGUUUGACGACUUGAGCUCGAUAGCAACUUACGGAUUCCGGGGCGAAGCAUUAGCAAGUAUCUCCCACAUAUCGAGAUUGUCCGUCAUCACCAAGACCAAAGAGUCGAGUGUGGCAUACAAGGCAUAUUACAUGAAUGGGAAGCUAUGCAAUUCCAAUUUCAAAGGUGAAGGACAACCAAAACCUAUUGCUGGUAAAGUAGGCACGCAAAUCAUCGUUGAAGAUUUGUUUUACAAUAUUCCCUCUAGAUUACGUGGCUUGAAAUCCAAAAAUGACGAAUAUGGCAAGAUACUUGAUAUUAUUGGAAGGUAUGCUAUACAUUGUGGUGACGUUGGAUUUUGUUGUAAGAAAUACGGCGACCCCAUUCAACAGUUGAACACUAGGCCCAACUUGCCUUUGAAAGAGAGAAUUAGAACCGUUUAUGGAUCAGCCAUUGCUAAUGAAUUGCUUGAAGUUGACACAGAGUAUCCUGAGCUUGGAUUGAAUAAAUGUUCAGGGAUGAUUACUAAUUCCAACUACAACAAUAAAAAGAAGAUCCAACCAGUAAUAUUCAUAAAUCACAGGUUGGUCACUUGUGAACCUUUGAAACGAGCCAUAAAUUCUGUAUUCCAAUUCUUCUUACCAAAAGAUUCCCAUCCAUUCUUCUAUAUAAGUUUAGAAAUCACUCCUGAGAACCUUGAUGUCAAUAUUCAUCCUACUAAACGAGAAGUCAGGUUCUUAAAUGAAGAUGAGAUCAUUGAAAUUAUUGUUAAUAAUAUCCAUCUGGUUUUAUCUAGUGUCGAUAGUUCCAGAAAGUUCAAAUCUCAAACAAUCAUUACUAAAAGAAAGUAUCAAGAGAAUGAAGAACCAGAGCCGCCUAAAAAGUAUAGACAAGAGAAUAAAUUGAAUCGAAGUGAUGGAAGACAAACUAAAUUGACGGCAUACAUACUGCAGGAUAACAUAACACCAAUAAAAGCGGACUCCAACAUGAUUUCAUCAACCCAAUUAACCAACAGCUUUGGUAGUAGUAGUAGUGAAACCAGUUCACAGAGACAAAGAGUCCAAGUCAAUUUAGAGUCAAUAUCCGAAUUGAAACAAGAGUUAACCGAGAACAUCCAUAAGCCAUUAACUAAUAUCUUCAAUAAUGCAGUAUAUGUAGGAAUAAUUGAUCCAGUUAAACGAUUAUGCUGUUUUCAAUAUGAUGUUACGUUGUAUAUGUGUGAUUAUGCUGCAUUGCUUCUUGAAUUUUAUUAUCAAAUUUGCCUAGAUAAUUUUUGCAACUUUGGCGAAAUCAAAUUUGACGAGCCUAUAUCAUUGACUGAAAUAUUGCAACCAUUAUAUGAUAUAAAACAAGAUUUGCAGCCUAUGGAAGAAGUGAUUGAGAAAAUUGUCAGUAUGAAAGAUAUGUUUGCUGAGUAUUGCCAAAUAAUAAUAGAAGAUAACGAGUUAACUACGAUCCCCAUGAUUAUGCAAGGCAUUCAACCCGAUUAUAACAAACUACCAUAUUUCUUGUAUAGAUUAGGAACAAAGGUGAAUUAUGAAGAUGAAAAGCUGUGUUUGCAGAUGAUACUUCGACAAAUUGCCUUGUUGCACUUGCCUGAACCUACAUCAGAAGAAAAUGAACGCAAGAAAUUAGAAAUUCAGUUUGAAAGCAUUUUGUUUCCGGAAAUCAAAAGACAGUUCUUGUCCCCUAAAAGUUUACUACAAGGCGUGAUUCAAAUCGCUGAUUUGCCCGGGUUGUAUAAAGUUUUUGAGAGGUGUUAA